AUGCAUUGCGCUCGAGACAAAGUUCCUCUGUCAGAACUACAAGGCUUUUGGGAAGCUCAUCUUGCUACGGGAACCUUGUCUGAUCGCAGCUUCGUUCCUGCUCUGCCUUAUCAUCUUGCGCUAAGUGAGGCUCAGGAAGAACAAGACAACAGAGCUUUGGUCUACUUGAUUUCUCGUGAGGUGCUGAAUGAAACCAUGCUGGUUGCAGAGGACGACUUCAUUGCCAUGUACAACUAUCAAAAAUCAUUUGAGUACGGAGAGAUUGAUCAUGGGCAGAAUAGCAUUGCAGUGGUUUUGACAGCAAUCGCAAUUCCGGUAUUAAUGUCGCUUUCUGCAUUAUUGCCAUACCGCUGGAUCAGUCGAUUGGUGGCAACCUUGGAUCAACCGCUGCUCGGCCAUGUCUACCGCGUCCCUUUCCUCAAAGCCGGCACCAUGCCAACUCGCGCUCAGAGCCUGUUCUUCGCGUAUCUCUGGAUAAUCAACAUUGUCCUCAUGUGUGCACCACUGCGCAUGCUACAACCUAACUCCGGUCUCUCAGGGUUUGGCCAACAGGCGUUAUUGACCAUUGGCGAUCGCGCGGGAGCAUUGGCGGCUGCCAACCUUGUGCCAUUGCUGCUGACGUCCGCCCGAAACAAUGUCCUCCUGUGGAUCACCAAUUGGAGCAACACAACAUUUCUACUCACUCAUCGCUGGCUUGGAUAUAUUGUCAUUAUCCAGACGGUACUUCAUUCUAUUCUCCUUCUUCAUUGGUAUCGCACGUACUCUGACUAUACAACGGAAUCUAAAACGCCAUACUGGUACUGGGGCAUCAUCUCGACCCUCACGCUAUGCUUUCUUGGGCCUCUUUCCAUCCUUCCAUUGCGCAGACGAGCUUAUGAAAUGUUUUUGGCUACGCAUCAGAUAUUGGCAGCUCUUGCCAUGAUUGCCUACUUUCUACAUAUCUGGUACAUCUACCAAUAUAACUGGGGAUAUGAAAUCUGGGUCUAUGUUGCAGGAGCCAUCUGGUUCGUCGACAGAUGUCUCAGAAUCUUGAGGAUCGCAAGGAACGGGAUGCCAACGGCAAUCAUCACUUCACUUGGUGAGGGGAGCGACCUCCUGACGGUCAGCAUAGAAGGUUUACACAGCGAAGGCCAUGUCUACCUUUACUUCCCGACCAUGACUUGGCGCUUUUGGGAGAAUCAUCCUUUCUCGGUCCUUUCCUCGUUUAGCUGGGCAGACCAAGACAUAAGUCCAUCAGAAACUCCCGAGAGAACAAAUUCAAUGACAGAAAAACAUGCGAGCGCGAGAUCUGAGCCUGCAGUCGCAACUUUAGCCUCACGGAAUGAAAUCUCUCCCGCCACCAGCCUUCUCUUGCGACCGCAAAGCGGAAGCACGCGAAAGUUACUAGAGGAAGCUCGCAGGCAAGGUGGCUCCAUCUCAGCCCCAGUAUGGGUUGAGGCUUCGUAUCAUUCUCAAUCGACGAAGCCUCUCUACCGCUGUUCCACAUUGAUUUGUAUAGCAGGCGGAGUGGGUAUUACCGUCGCACUACCCACUUUGCAAGGCUAUUCUGGCCCAGAGGCACGACUGUACUGGGGGGUGAAGCACCGGGACAUCGUCGAUGCCGUCGCUCCCCAUCUACGAAGGUUGGAAGGGCGAGUGAAGGCGGAAAUCAAAGUCGGGGAGCGGUUGGCUGUCAAGAAUAUAGUACAAGACGAGGUUCUUGGUGGGACGGCUCGAGGCGAUAUUGGUAUUCUGGUCUGCGGUCCACCAGAGAUGGCGGACCAUGUCAGAAUUGCUAUUGGGGAGGUGUCAAGACGCUCGAAGAGACCCAUCGUAUUUCUAGAUGAAUCUUUCAGUUGGUGA